UGAUUUUUGUUACAGGGUGAAAAGAAUAAUGGAUUCGACGUGUUGUAUCAUAAUAUGAAGCAUGGUGUGGUGGCAAGUAAAGAGCUUGCGGAUUUUCUGCGAGAGCGCUCGGCGAUCGAGGAGAAUAACUACAAGUUAUUGAGCAAAGUUGCCAAACAAGCGAGCAAUAGCAGCAGCAUACAGGGAACAUUUGCGCCAGUAUGGGCAGCCUUGCGUGGAGCUGCAGAAAAAUUGGCGAGUCUGCAUCUGCAGAUGGCCCAGCGGGUGUCGGAGCUGAUAAAAGAUGUUUCCAAGUACGCCGAUGAGCUCCACAAAAGACACAAAGCUGUGAAAGAGGAAGAGUCGUCGACCCUCGAGGUCGUUCAGAAUAUCCAGAGUAUCACGGUGACACUACAAAAAGCUAAGGACAUGUGUCAGCAAAAAGGGCUCGAAUUGGAGAAGUUGCGAAAGGAUAAUGCUAGCCAGCGGGAACUUGAAAAAGCUGAGGCUAAGUUUAAAAAAGCUCAAGAUGAUUAUAAAGUUCUUGUAGAUAAAUAUACCAUUGUUAGAAAUGACUUUGAAACUAAAAUGUCUCAAGCCUGCAGGAGAUUUCAAGAUGUUGAAGAAACACAUUUACGUCAAAUGAAAGAAUUUUUAAACACAUACGCUGAUGUUCUUCAAGCAAAUCACGAGCAAGUUGGUCAAGUUCACAUUGACUUUAAACGGCAGUGUUUAGAUAUGACGGUAGACAAACUAUUGGAACAAUUUGUCCAAUCUAAAUACACAGGAUUUGAACGACCAGGAGUGGUAGAAUACGACGAGGUGAUGACGAGCCUUGCUGAGAUGGCGAAUUCAACCCACCAACCGGAGAGCGGCAGUGCUGGUGGAAGCAUCGGAAGUGGUGGCGUAACUGCCGAUACCACGGGAACAACAGCAGCGAUAAAGGAGCCUCCGAGCUCCAAAAGCACCAACGGGGAAACAGGCGUUGCUGGUAACAAACAAAACAACAACACAACUAAGAAAAACCAAAUUCAGACGGCUAAGGUUGUGGUGGGUGAUUAUCACGGGGACAUUGCUAUAGAUUAUAAUCACGACAAGGAUAUUAAAGAUAAUAAUAAAAAGUACAAGAUUAAGGAUAAAAAUACAGAUAAAGACGCUCCAACCAAAGGCUCACGUCGUACCACCUCGCUUCUCAACCUGUUUAUGUCCAACUCCCAGGAGAGGCAGAGGCAAGCAGGUUCCGGUUCGGCACCUGUCACUCCUCAAGGUGACAAUCCACCUUCCAGCAUCUCCAGGAACCCUCUCAGAGGAUCUAAAUGGUUUCUACGAAGCAGACGUGAAAAGCGAAAAGAAAAGAAAGCUAAGAAGAAAAAGGACUCGGUGGAUACUAACAGUAACAAGGAAGAAAAGUCAGACCUGUCAGUAUCUAAAUUAUCAGCAGUCCCAGUGCAACAAAUUAAAGAAGAAGAAAAAGAUGAGAGCAGAAAAUCAGAAACUCCAACGCCAGAGGUAGAUGAAGAUGGAUACUGCAUUCGUCCGAAGCCAGAUCCUUGGGAGAAUGAAAAAGGAUUUUACUCGAGUUCAGAUACUGAGUCUGAUGAUGAGAGGGAACGAAAAAUUAGGGUGGAAAUAAAACCUUUGAGUAAUGGCGGGGCACCGAUGAGCGCCAGUGGUCGAAGAGGAUCAAACAAUGACUCAGAUCACCAUAUGAAACGUUCUCAGUCAGUAUCACAACAGCUAGGUGGAAAACCUAGCUCCGAUUUACUUGGUCUUAAUCUUUUUAAUCCAAGCAGUACGCCGUCCAGUGCAUCAACGCCCACGGCAAGUCAUCCUUACGCACCGUUGCAGAGUCCACCUCCGCUUUCUACUUCACCGGUUCCGCAACCUGCGCCUCCACAGUCAGCGCCUCCCAUUCAAUCUCACACACGUUUUCCAGAAGGAGAUUUGUUCUCCGAAGUAGGUGACAUCACGCCAGCCUUGCCACCCAAGCAAUCGGCGUCAUCAACACCAACAGGCUCAAUAAUAAUCCCGCGACCUCCAUCACGUCGCAGCGAAGGGGGUCCACGUGGGAGGAUGUCCCCGGCAACGAUAUCGAGAGCUGAUAGUGUUGCGAGUCUUGAAUUUCGCACUGCUGGAGUUGGAGUUGGAUCAUCCCGUGGCCCUUCGCCACUUACCAUCGGGCUUGCUGAUACUAUUCCACUGGCUGUUGCUUUUCACGAGAUCGUUCAUUCGUACUUCCGCGGUACUGAUGAGACUCGCUGUCAGGUCAAGCUCAGCGGAGAUAUGAUGCUCUCAUUUCCUGCUGGUAUUGUUGCUGUACUUGCUAAUAAUCCAAGUCCAGCUAAACUGACUUUUAGAAUGAGAAAUACUAAUCGACUGGAACGACUCGUUCCUAAUACUCAACUUGUCAGCAUAGAUCCAACACACACAACAACAGAAACGACAAUAUUUGAUUUCAAUAUGAGUGCCUUAACUACGUUAUUACGUCGUCAAGCUGAACAAAAUCCCACAGCGUCGUACUUCAAUGUCGAUAUUCUUAAAUAUCAAAUUAAGGCUAAAGAAGGCGCGGCAUCAUGUCCGUUUCAGAUUGUUGCCUACUGGAAAUGUGAACCGACACAUACUGACUUGAAGAUUGACUACAAAUACAACAGCCGUGCGAUGGCAUCCCCAAGCCCGCUACUAAAUCUUCAUGUAGCCGCACCGAUCGACGGGGGAUUCAAGAGUAUGCACAGUAAACCCUCCGCCCAAUGGCUACCAGACACAAAUCGUCUGCUCUGGAAGUUCACCGAGCUUUCACAGCACAGCGAGUCUAAUGGAGUGGGAUCGUUAAAAGCUCGAGUUGAAAUCGAUCGCGGUCCCGGCACUCAAGGAACUAUAUUCACGCAAUUUAAUUGCGAAGGCACAACUCUGUCGGGAGUUGAAUUCGAAUUAGUUGGCCCAGGAUAUAGAUUGAGUUUGGUCAAACGUCGAUUUGUUUCCGGUAAAUACAUUUGCGAUGGCGACUCAGAUCCACGAUCACGAUACGCUGCGCCUCCUUCUGUUAGCAACUGA